GUCUGCUGUUGCCUGGUAACGUGCCCUAGCGGGCGAGAGAGGCUGCGGCCGCGGGCAGAGUAUUCAGACAUAUAGUAUUGCCAUUUUACUGCUAUUCAUUAAUGUCUGCGUGGUUGCAAAGAUGGUGACUGCAGAUGACAGCCAGUGGGAUGAAACCAUCUGUGACAUGGCUGUGUGCCAACACCCACAGUGCUGGGACACUAUAAGGAGGAUUGAACAGGGACAUCCUCGGAUCCGUUUAAGAAACUUUGACUCACUCUGCAGGGCUUCUUCUUCAGAAAGCAAAGAUGAAUUACCAACACUGAAGAUUAUAAACUUCCCCAGCAAUUGCUCUCCCCGAGGAAGGAUCAGAUGUUCCAAUUGUAACCGAACUAUUUCCACCUUCACUGCACUUGAGACCUCUUUCUCUCCUUCUCUGUAUGAGACUUCAGACUAUGACUUCUCUGACCGAAAUUCUGAAGUCAGUUCAGAAGAACUCAUUUCCCAGGACUGAACUCCGCGGUAGAGUCACCACACGAUCCACGGACAGAAUGAGACGUUUCACCGUACUUGAAUAGAGUUGGGAAAUCUCCAAGUGAUGGAUCUCAGUGAGGUUGCAGCUCCCAAGCAGGACUACCAUCCAGAAAGUGGAAAUUUGAUUGUUAAAUGGGUCCCAAAUAUACGCAGAAAAUCUCAGCGGCCUGAGGUGGAAGGAGUAACAGAACUGAAGCCUAUAAGAAGACUAGGUGUUAAAACCCUGAGCUCUGCAAGUCUCCUUUCCCUCAAAGAACGGCAAAGGAAAGGAAGAGAUCUUGACAUGAAGAGAAAGAAGUCCAAGAAGGUCCCUUCAGGAGGUCAACCCUAUCAGCUACUUACAAACAGGAGUCAUAAAAUUAACUUGGUGACCAAAAAAAUAAAACCAAUCCCAAGCCACAAAGGUGACAGACACCUGCAGACUGCUACAAUAGUGGAGCUGCAAGAUCAAGGUGCCCUGCAGCUGGGGAACUGGAGAGUGGAUGUGCCUGAUGCUACAGAGAAGCACAUACAUUCUUUGCUUGUGCAAAAGAUUCCAGUAGUGAGUUUGAAAGAACAAGGCCUGGAAAGAAUGAGCAACAGACCUUAUCUGAGGAAACCAUUUGAAGGCUCCUUAGGUAUGAAGAGCCAUGAGACCAAAUUAGAGCAGCAACCUGGCUAUGCUGAAGUAGGCUCAAUAGUACUCACCACCCAGUCUCUGGAGUCCUGCACGCUAGAUGGCACAAAGGAAGCCUCUGCAAACAAAAAACAACUGUCACAAAAACCAUCUGCAGAACGGGAAUUCCAGGAAGGGGAAGGCCCCAGACAGCAACAUGAGGGACUUGGGAAAAGAAGGUCUUCGGGGAUGUAUGUGCUGCACAGGAGCAGCCCAGCAAGCCUGGUCCUUGAGGGUGUUGGAGAAAAUGGGUACCUGCUGUCAAGUCCAGAAACACAGUAUGAAAUGUACUGCAAGCGUCUAGCAAGCAAGAAGGAAGCAGCACAGGCACUGGGCUAUCUUCAGGGAGGGAGCAGCCAGCGGCAGCCAAGCCCAGCUUCUCUGACACCAGAUAAUGAUAAACAUGAAGCUUACUCUUACCCUAACCCUCCUCCCCCUUCCCCUUCUCCUUUCCCAUUGAGGGACAAUGACAAGCCUUCCCCAGAUGUAGAAUCCCCUCUCUUCAGAGAGGACAGCACUCUAAGGGCGUCCAGUGACCAAGGCCACGGUUUUGAUUAACCCCUCAUUAGACAAAUGCAGUGGAAACCUGAUCCUAUAAUGUGUGGCGAUUGUAAAUGAAUGUGCAGGUUAAGGCACAAUAUGAUUGAUGCCAGGCGCUUUCCAUGGGUGCCUGCUUUUGCCAUCGACAGCUGCAUCAAGAGACCAAGAAAGAGGAUGAAUGAAGUAACCCGCCUGCUCUAGGGACCUUUGAAUGUACAGGACAGGUUGA